AUGAACUCGCCUCCGAACUCAUUCCGCCAAACACCAUCUGAAAGCUUCAAGACACAUCCUGUCUCGGUCUUUGGCGCCAUUGCAAACGAGGAAGCCCCCGAAAAACGACGAAGAAUCGACGACGGGCCUCCUUCACCGGAAGACUAUGCCCCCGCCGCCAUGUCACCUCCUAGCUCUACCGAUACCGCCAUCACCGUCGGCUCUCACAAUGACGAAGGGCGCGAGACCGAAAGUCUGUCCGAGAGUGUGCUGGAGCACAUGUACGAACAUCGACUGCGUUACCAUGCGUACCGCGCAGGGAAAUACGCCUUCCCCAAUGAUCUGGUCGAGCAAGACCGCGAUUUCAUGAAGCAUCUCAUCAGCAACCUACUGUGCGACAGAUGGUACCUGUCGCCUGUGGACGACGUUCUUGCGAGAGGUGGCGAAGUGCUUGACUUGGGUACUGGUCCAGGCCAUUGGGUCCUCGAGGUCGCUGAGUGGUUUCCCGACUCAACAUUCCUCGGUGUCGACCUGUCGCCUAUCCAGCCAACCGAGGUUCCUCCAAAUGUGCAUUUUAUGGUUGAUGACUUUGAGCAUGAGAACGGAUGGGCUCUCGACGAGGAAUUCUACGACUUUAUCCACCUUCGACAUACGCUUCAUUCCGUUCGCGAUCGCGCAGAACUCAUGGACCGAGCAUACAGGUUCGUCACCUGCGUAUAA